CAUCAUCCACGUCUUCGUGGAGUCGACACGACACCGACGGACGCAUCGAGAAUGGCACUUCCCGACACUCGGGAAUGCUGGCCCGUGGCAGUCUCCGCGGCCGUGUUCGUCUUCUUUGGCAUGAUGCUAAUAAAAUCCGAAUCCGUCAUGUACGUCGGAUUCAUGGACAUGCUGCGCGUCAACCGCGAGGAUGCCUCAUGGCCCCUCACUGUCGCCAUCAUCAUGUCACAGCUUUCAGGGCCCCUGUAUGGUCUGCUCGGUCUCUGGUUUUCGGACCGUAUUCUGCUGAUUGCCGGCUCCCUUCUUUGUGCGCUGCCCGUAAUGGCCUGCGCACUGGCUCGGAGCCUCGGACUUGUGGUAUUCCUCUACGGCAUUUUGUUUGGACUGGGAGUUGCCUGCGAAGAGCUGUUACCAUUCACAGUGGUGGCCAGGCACUUCGUUAAAUACCGAGGUACGGCCAUGGGUCUGCUUUUCGCUGUGACCGCCGUGUCGGGUUUCGUGUCUCCCCUGAUCAUUGAAGCUCUGCAACAGGCCUUCGACUUCCGCAAGGCACUAGUCAUACUGGGAGCCCUAGAGCUGAACAUGCUGUUCGGUGCCGUGUUCGUCGACCGCGUGCCGCAGGACCAGGACCGUGAGAGUGGCGACUGCAAAGCGCCACCGGAACCUGUCACCCGAGAACGUCCGCGAGCGAGUAGCUUCCAAACGGCGUCGCUUGCAAAGUGCUGCACCGUCGACCUCGUCUCAUCCCUCCCCCUUCCCAGGUCAGCCGCUGACAAACAUACGGAUGAGAUGGAUCCGCUGCUGAGAGUAAACGAGAGCGCAUCGAGGAAACUUGUGCGCAGCCUCUUGUCGCUGGCAUCAGUGCCGUUCCUGCACGUCGCGGCGUCGCGAGCUGUGUCCAUCUUCAUGCUCUCAUCGUUCCUGCUGACCGCCGUGGACUUUGGCACAGACAACGGCCUCGCUGGAUACAAGGCGGUUGCGCUGGUCACCGCGAGCGCCAUCGGAGACUUGGUUUCGCGAGUGGGCACUGGUCUUCUCUUGGACACCAAGGUCAGCGGCUGA